AUGAAUUGCAAGAGAAGGAUGCUGUUAUUGAUCUCCUGUGUUUUAUACUUCAUGUUGCUCGAGUAUCAUUUCAGGGACGAAGUAGAAGAACUGCGGCUCUCAGACUGGUUUAACCCUAGAAAACGCCCUGAUGUUGUAACGACCACAGGAUGGCUUGCUCCGGUCAUAUGGGAAGGCACUUUCAAUAGACAGGUCCUGGAAGAAUACUACGGAAGACAGAACCUCACCAGCUUGGCUGUCCUUGCUACUGGCAGGAUUGCAGAUCAGUACCUGGAGCUGUUCAUACAAUCGGCCAGUAAGCACUUCAUGACUGGCUACAGAGUUAUCUUUUAUAUCAUGGUGGAUGCCUUCCACAGGCUGCCUAACCUGGAGCCAGGUCCUCUGCAGACGAUCCAAGUACUCGACAUCAGAGGACACGAUGCAGAUGACCUUCACCUCAUGCUCAUGAAGAACUUAGCUGUGCACAUAGUAGGGCACAUUCAGGACGAAGUUGACUUUCUCUUCAGCAUGACUGCCAAUAGGGUCUUCCAGAAUGACUUUGGGGUGGAGACCCUGGGCACGUCCGUGGCUCAGCUCCAUGCCUGGUGGUACUUUAAAAACAUGGAGAACCUCCCUUACGAGAGGAGGCCCGGAUCCACGGCGUGCAUCCCUUUGGGACAGGGGGACUUCUACUAUGAUGGCACGGUCAUUGGUGGCACGCCCCUGGAGAUUUUAAAUUUCAUCAAAGAAUAUCUGGACGGGAUUAUUCGCGACAAGGAAAAUGGGCUGAACAGCACCUACGAAAGCCACCUGAACAAGUACUUUUUCAUCCACAAGCCCACCAAGCUGCUGUCUCCAGAGUACAGCUGGGACAUGGUGCUGUGGCCCCCAGCCCAGGUCUGGUUGGUCAAGGCAGCGCGAUGCUCCGAGAGGGCCUUCUGA